AGGGCGGCCAAUCCGAUGGGCUAUAUCCAUUUUAACGGCUCUAAUUGGGCGAUUUUAAGCCAUUGGCUCAAGCCGAGCCGGUUGAUUGAGUCGGUUCUAAAACCCCAUCGUAUAAACCACAGAAUGAACUUCGAUCUGGCCAUCAGCGCUCUCUAGAUUUUUGUUCGAUUGAUCGAGAUGCGGAGGAUCAACGGAGUCGCCGCCAUUCUCCGGGCAGUCGGAAGCGGUGCCGUCUAUCGUUUUGCACCCGGCAACAAAGUCCAGCAGCACCAUCAAUUUUUCCAGGCAGCGCUUUUCUGCACCAAUGGCAAUAGCUCCUCAUCGUCCAGAUCUCAUUGGCCUCCAUACAAUAGGAUGACUGGACGGCAGUCCGUUCGCGCUGCUGUUGCCGGAACGGUGUUGUUCUCGGCGGCUGCCGCCGCGGUCGUGGAAGAGGCACAGGCGAAAGAACCGGUGCCGUUGGACCUCCGCCCAAAGGAAGUGGUUCUGUUUCAGUAUGAAGCUUGUCCUUUCUGUAACAAGGUCAAAGCUUUCCUGGACUACUACGACAUACGAUAUCAGAUUGUGGAAGUAAACCCCAUCAACAAAAAGGAAAUCAAGUGGUCUGAUUACAAAAAAGUUCCUAUAUUGAUGGUUGACGGCGAGCAGCUGGUUGAUUCAUCAGUCAUCAUUGAUAAGUUGGCCAAAAAGAUUUCCCCUGCCACAUCCACUUAUGUUUCCGAAGAUGAAGAAGAGAGAAAAUGGCGUGGUUGGGUAGACAAUCACUUGGUUCACUUAUUGUCACCUAAUAUAUACCGAAGCACAUCUGAAGCCCUUGAGUCAUUUGAUUACAUCACCAGCAAUGGUAACUUCAGCUUCACCGAAAAAAUAACAGCAAAGUACGCCGGGGCAGCUGCAAUGUAUUUUGUUUCAAAGAAACUCAAGAAAAAAUACAACAUCACUGACGAACGUGCAGCUUUAUAUGAAGCAGCUGAAACAUGGGUGGAUGCUCUCAAUGGUCGAGAUUUUCUAGGCGGAUCCAAGCCCAACUUAGCUGAUCUCGCUGUCUACGGCGUUUUGAGACCUAUCCGCUAUCUCAAGUCUGGUAAAGACAUGGUGGAGCACACGCGCAUAGGUAACUGGUACGCUCGAAUGGAAAAUGCCGUGGGAGAAUCUUCUAGAAUCCAAGCAUAGACAAUUGCUGUUGUCAGCUCAAAUAGAAUUGUCAUUUUUUUUCACAAUAAUCACACAAAAUACUACUUAAGUGUGCUUUCAUCAAUUGUUAUGAUUCUUGGUAGGUAGCUUGCAAUUGCACUAUGAGAUUGUUCACUGGAGUGUUUAUACAUAUUAUUGCACAACUAAUAAUAUAUAUCUAAUGUAACUUUA